AUGACAAGUGAACUAGCAGAAAAUAUUUUGCUCCAUGUGGAGAAAAAUGGAGAAACGAAUUCAUUGGAUUUAGUGAAUGUUUUUAAUGAAGACCAUCAAAAAAUUAUUGGAGCUAUUAAAAGUCUCCAAACUCUUGAUAAUAUAAUUGAAGUUGAGCAGAUUAGUCAUAAAAAAUGGGAACCAACUGCAGAAGGCGAACAUGUUAUUCAACAUGGCAGUCACGAAGCCGCUGUAUUUUUUGCCGUACCUGAAAAUGGAAUAUUACAGGCAGAAAUUAUGAAUUCUGUACCAUAUGCCAAAGUCGGAUUAUCAAAAGCUCUUGUGGCUGGUUGGAUAAAGCUUGAUAAAAGCUCUGGAAAACCAAUGGUUAUCCGAAAUGUAUCUACUAUUGAAGAUACAACGCAGAACAAUCUGAAAAAUUUUGAUAAUCUUACAGAUAAUAUCAAAGCUGAUUAUAAAAAACGAAAGUUACUUCAAGAAAUCAUUGUUAAAAGCGUCAUCGUUAGAAAAGGACCAAAUUUUGCGACAAAAAUUGAAAAAUUAGAAACAGAAUUAACGAGUGAUUUAUUGAUAAAUGGAGCGUGGAAGCAGAAAAAAUUUAAAAAGUAUAAUUUUGAUGCACUAGGAUCUUCAACUGACACUGGUCAUUUACAUCCUUUACUUAAAGUCCGGGCAGAAUUUAGAAAUAUAUUUUUAGAAAUGGGAUUCGAGGAGAUGCCGACGAAUAAUUUCGUUGAAAGUUCAUUCUGGAAUUUUGAUGCAUUAUUCCAGCCUCAACAACAUCCAGCUCGUGACGCUCAUGAUACAUUCUUCAUUUCAGAUCCAAAGUAUUCAACGAAAUUUCCGCAAGAUUAUUUGGCAAAGGUCAAGCAAGUACACAGUAAAGGAGGAUAUGGUUCUGAAGGUUAUCGUUACGAUUGGAAGAUAGAAGAAGCAAAAAAAAAUCUUUUACGAACUCACACAACUGCUGUGAGCGCUCGAAUGUUAUAUCAAUUAAUGCAAAAGGGUGAAUUUAAACCAGUCAAAUAUUUCAGUAUUGAUCGCGUAUUUCGUAAUGAGACAUUAGAUGCAACUCAUCUUGCAGAGUUUCAUCAAAUAGAAGGUGUAGUUGCUGAUUAUAAUUUAACUUUGGGUGACCUAAUAGGUACUCUGUAUGAAUUCUUUAAAAAACUUGGAAUUGAUAAACUCGAAUUUAAACCUGCAUACAAUCCAUACACUGAACCAAGUAUGGAGAUUUUUUGCUUUCACGAAGGAUUAGGAAAAUGGAUUGAAAUUGGAAACAGUGGUGUAUUUAGACCUGAAAUGAUUUUACCAAUGGGAUUACCAGAGAAAGUUAAUGCUAUUGCGUGGGGUUUAUCAUUAGAACGACCUACAAUGAUUAAAUAUGGGCUCAACAAUAUACGAGACUUAGUAGGACCAAAAGUGGAUUUACAAAUGGUUUACAACAAUCCCAUUUGUCGUUUAGAAAAAGUGAACAACAAAAAAUCUUCAAAAGUAAAUGGAUCACAUAACAAUUCUAUUGAGACAAGUUCAUCUGGAAAUUGUCAACACCUUCAAGGCCAGAGUUAUAUCAUAUAUUGUGAUCCAAAGUAUCCAAUUUACUGGCUUGAGUCACUUUUAAGUCUAGCGGAAAAUUGUUUUACGUCGUCGGUGUCAACUCACCUUCAUUCGUCAGUUUUGAAUCCAUCUGAAGAUCUUAAAAAUUUCUGUAAUAAAUUCCGAAAGACUGAUAAGACUGACAUAUCAAUUAUUUUUGUAUGGAAAUCUGUAGGAGUUGAUCCAUUGUUAGAGGCAUCAGAAAUGCGUACAAUUUUUGGUGAAAUUAAUAUUGCUCGUUUUUUAAAUCGCUUAAUUGAAUCUGUUGAUAAAUCAUUACUGAAAUAUGAAAGCAAUGGUACUAAAUAUGCUAAUCAAAUUGAUGUUGUUCUCGAAAAAAUGCACCUAUCAAUGCAUAAAAACAACAAAUAUAUAUUGAAUGAUUUACGCAGUAAAUCUAAAACUCGUUAUAUCCUAGGAGAUUUAUCAAUUAUUGAUAUAAUACUGGAAGCUCAACGGUAAAAUCAAUAAACUAAUAA